CAGGUCUUAGCGACUAUUGAGCUUUCCCGUCUGCUGUUCACCACACAAAUCUUUGCUGCUCAAGUGAAGGAAUUAAAAUCGCGUCCCAGUGAUAAUGAACUUCUGCAGUUAUAUGGCCUUUACAAACAAGCCACGGUUGGUGACAACAAUACUGGUAAUGUCGAUAACUUUUGUUUAUUGGUGCGCAAAUGGGAUUCUUGGUGCACAAAGAAAGGUGAGCUCGUUAAUCUUGGAGUUGACGAAACUCCUGGGCUCAAUAUGGGAAGAGAAAACAGGUUCCAACCGAAUGUUGUGAAUCGGUCAUCUUACCGAUUUACAAGAAACGUGACAGAUCCUCUUGUGAAAACCGCAAAGGAAUUAGUUUACUCAACAUUGCCUCUAACCUUCUCGCCGGCAUCAUACUCCGUUGAUUGUCUGCCGCACGCAUAA